AUGAAUCCAGAAGACUGUCCAGUAAGUGACAGCUUCGUUGAGAACACCAUCAAAAACAUCCUGAACACAAUGAAUAUAGAAGAUAUCAUUUCCCUGAUGACAGAUGAUGAAAUCUGGGAGGAUUUUGUGACUAAAUCCCGUUUCUCAAGGGAGGAGGCAGAGGAAGUACGUGAAAGUUUGAUGGCGCUGGAAGAAUUUGGAGACACGCAGGACAUAGAGCUACAGGAGCAGGAGUUCAGGGAGAGUUUCUUGGAAGAGUUUCCUCAGAAGAAAAGGGAACUUGAAGAUCACAUAACACAGCUCCGAGCACUGGCAGACAAGGCCGACAAGAUACACAAGGACUGCACCAUCUCAAACGUGGUGGCCAGCUCCACCGGCAUUGUGUCUGGCCUCCUGACCAUUGCUGGCAUAGGUCUGAUACCGAUGACAGCUGGGAUGAGUCUGGGUCUGACAGCAGCAGGGAUGGGUCUGGGGGCAGCAUCUGCUGUGACUGGUGUUGCCACCGGCAUCGUGGAACACACAAGCAUGGCAGCCAUCGAAGCUGAUGCCAAUAAGCUGACAUCAACUGAUGUCAACUCAGAGGAAGUAGUAAAGGGAUUUGUAACUAACUGCGCCCCAAAACUUCUUCCCUUGGGAAAUAAGGUUGUCAAAAAUGCAAAGAACAUUGAGAAGAACAUUCGUGCCAUCAAGUUGAUCAGUGCUAACCGUCGCCUAGCGUCCCAAGCAACACGCUUCAUGAAUGGUGGAAGAAUCUCAGCCCGAGGUGCCAGGCAGGUGCAGAAAACUCUUGGAGGCACUGCAGUGGCCAUGAGCAAAGGGGCCCGGUUGGCAGGAAUGGCCACUGCAGGUAUUUUCCUCCUGGCAGAUGUAUACAGCCUUGUGACAGAUUCGGUCGAAUUGCAUAAGGGAGCUGAGGCAGCGUCAGCCAGCAGGCUGAGGGAGCAGGCUUUGGAACUGGAGAUGAAGUUGGAACAUCUCAAAGAGAUCCAUGCACGUCUCCUGGAGGACCCCGGAGAAGCCUGUGGAGCAGAGGCCUGA